CGCCAUUGGUCGGACACGUGUCUGGGGCGGUUCUCCGGGACUGCCCGGUUGUGUCCGGGUAAGAUGGCGUUGGAAGAGCAGUGCUCGGCACCACCUCGAUGGCGGUCCAUAUCUCUCACACACGUAGAGUUCGCCGAAGGUGAUCUGACGGGACAAGUGCUGGCCUACAUCAGCCUCCUACCCAUAGCAAUCCUCGUGGGUUUUGUCACACUCAUAGUGUUUAAACGCGAACUACACACGAUUUCCUUCUUUGGUGGGCUCAUCCUGAACGAAGGAGUGAACUGGCUGCUGAAGCACAUUCUCAGAGAGCCGCGCCCAUGUGCAGGGGCUCACACAAACCUGCACACAGACUAUGGGAUGCCCUCAAGUCAUUCCCAGCUUAUCUGGUUCUUUGUUGUUUACUUCUUUCUUUUCCUUUAUUUAAGAAUGCAUCAAACGAACAAUGCUCGAUGUGUGGACCUGCUGUGGAGACACAUACUGUCCAUUAUCCUGCUGGGCAUAGCCUUAUCAGUCUCAUACAGCAGGGUCUACCUGUUGUAUCACACCUGGAGCCAGGUUUUCUACGGCGCAGUGGCCGGUAGUAUAAUUGGCAUAGUCUGGUUCAUAUUCACACAAGAGGUGCUGACACCAUUAUUCCCCAAAAUAGCAGCGUGGCCAAUAUCAGAGUACUUCCUGGUGCGAGACACGAGCCUGAUCCCCAACAUAUUAUGGUUUGAGUAUACAGUGACCAGAUCAGAGGCAAGGAACAGACAACGAAAGCUUGGAACAAAACUUCAGUGAUGUGCACAUUUCUUUUUUUUUUUUUUGGAAACUGAGUUUAGGACCACACACACACACACACAUAAACACACGCACACACACACGCAUACGUUUUCACGUACACACAAAACGCUCACUCGACAAAAACACACUGGAGAACCAUCUUUUUUUUUUUGGACUGACGCGGUUGCAAGGAGCAAAGGGCACUAAAAAAAAUAAAAUAAAAAAAUAAACGUUUACAGGUGGCGACAGAGUGCCUGGACCCGGCCCGGAGCCCACAGCCUGAGCAAGUCCGUCCACACGCCUCUCCUUGUUGUACAGCUUGCCCCAAAAAUGCUCUUCAAUGCAUGCAAGACUGUGCAAGAGGCAUACUAUUUAAUGAUAGAUUAAUAUAUAUAUUUUAACUAUAAACGCACGCUGACAGUAACAGUGUACUGUAAGAGGAUCGAGGAGCCAAAACAAGAGGCUUUGGUCAAGUUUCAAACCAAUUCGGUGGGCGUCAUUACAGCAUGUACUUAGUGAUUCCUUUUUUUUUUUUCUGUUCUUUUUUUUGUUCUUUUAAUAUUGACAUGGAUAGCUGGGUGGGGAGUGGGGUCGGUUAUGGGUUUGUCGGAGGGGUGGGUUAAGUGAAAUUAACCAUUUUUCAUUGUUAUAUAAUAGAAAAUGAGCAAUUUUUAAAAUUGGUUAUGAUGUAAUAUAAAUAAAUUUGCACUUUGUGAAAUUUACAAGUUUAAAAAAAACAAAAAAAUACAACUAACACUAGAUAAAUGUUAAGAUCCUCCCCCUCACCAGUCCCCUGCUUUGUGUCUAUGACUGUCAGUCCUGAUAUAUUAAGACUCCAAAGCUGAUCUGCGAGCGGUGUAAAUUUAAUGUACCUUCAGUGCUACUGAGCAUCAAGGUUGUUUCUGUUCAUAUCCGCCUUUUUGAUGGUUAUGAGACUGAACCACAGCGAGGGGGGGGGGGGUUGACCUACAUUUGUUGUUCAACACACUUCGGACUUUUUGGUUCUUAAUGCCUCACACACACACACACACACACACAUACACAUACACACACACAGUAGCAGCCUGGGAACAGAAUUCUGGGAAUCAGUUGUAAUUAUUAUUAUUAUUAAUUUUUUUUUUUUUACUCGAGUUUCUUAUCUCGUUUUCUGCUGUUGCAGAGAUGAGUUUUUUGUUUUUUUUCUUUUUACCUGUUUCCGAGAUGACAUUCCAUAUCAUUUAGUGAGAAAACAUCAUGACUGCUGAGGGGACGUGUUUUCUUUUUGUAUUAUUCUUGAAGAAAGGAAGAAAAAAAAAAUAUAAAAAUAAAAUAAAUAAUUAAAAGCCUCAGGUCAGUCGUAGCAUGUGAUUACGCUUAUUUCCCCGUGGCGUACGGUAGCUGAUGGUGAGAGCUGUCCAGUGGGGGAUCAGAAGCUGAUUUAAAACUGUCAUAUCAUUAGCUCCACAAAGGGAAGUAGUUCUCUUAGAAUUUGAUUUUUUUUUUUUUUUUUUUUUUUUUUU